CCAGCCAGCGGCGCGGGCGGCCUCCUCUGAGAAGCCGUCCCACCUGCUGCGGGGGAACCCGCGGGGAGGCGCCGCCCCGCCCCGCUCGCUGCGCUGCCAGGCGACGGGGGAGUUCCCGCGUGUGGCCCCGCGCCCAGGCUGCGCGGGGGGCUGUUCGAGUGGAGGCGGGGGAGCAGCCGGGGCACCAAAAUAGGAGCCGCUUGUGGGCUGGAGCUGCACUAGCAGGCAGCCUCCGCUGCGCUGCUUCCAAAGAUGGUCAGAGGGUCCGGAGGCGCCCCCGCCCCCGCUCGCCGCUAGCCCGGGGCCACCACCGCGUCCCGGAGCUGCCAGCGGAGCCAUGGCUCUAAAAGGACAAGAAGAUUAUAUUUAUCUUUUCAAGGAUUCAACUCAUCCAGUGGAUUUUCUGGAUGCAUUCAGAACAUUUUACUUGGAUGGAUUAUUUACUGAUAUUACGCUUCAGUGCCCUUCAGGCAUAAUCUUUCAUUGUCACCGAGCUGUUUUAGCUGCUUGCAGCAAUUAUUUUAAGGCAAUGUUCACAGCUGACAUGAAAGAAAAAUUUAAAAAUAAAAUAAAACUCUCUGGCAUCCACCAUGAUAUUCUGGAAGGCCUUGUAAAUUAUGCAUACACUUCCCAAAUUGAAAUAACUAAAAGAAAUGUUCAAAGCCUGCUUGAGGCAGCAGAUCUGCUACAGUUCCUUUCAGUAAAGAAGGCUUGUGAGCAGUUUUUGGUAAGGCACCUGGAUAUUGAUAACUGUAUUGGAAUGCACUCCUUUGCAGAAUUUCAUGUGUGUCCAGAACUAGAGAAAGAAUCUCGAAGAAUUCUGUGUUCCAGGUUUAAGGAAGUAUGGCAACAAGAAGAAUUUCUGGAAAUCAGCCUUGAAAAGUUUCUAUUUAUCUUGUCCAGAAAGAAUCUCAGUGUUUGGAAAGAAGAAGCUAUCAUAGAGCCAGUUAUUAAGUGGACUGCUCAUGACGUAGAAAACCGAAUUGAAUGCCUAUAUAAUCUACUAAGCUAUAUCAACAUAGAUAUAGAUCCAGUGUAUUUAAAGACAGCAUUAGGCCUUCAGAGAAGCUGCCUACUAACAGAAAAUAAGAUACGUUCUCUUAUAUACAAUGCCUUGAAUCCCAUGCAUAAAGAGAUUUCUCAGAGGUCUACAGCCACAAUGUAUAUUAUUGGAGGCUAUUACUGGCAUCCUUUAUCAGAGGUGCAUAUAUGGGAUCCUUUGACAAAUGUUUGGAUUCAAGGGGCAGAAAUACCAGAUUAUACCAGGGAGAGCUACGGUGUUACAAGUUUGGGACCCAACAUUUAUGUAACUGGAGGCUACAGGACAGAUAACAUAGAAGCUCUUGAUACAGUGUGGAUCUAUAACAGUGAAGGUGAUGAAUGGACAGAAGGUUUGCCAAUGCUCAAUGCUAGGUAUUACCACUGUGCAGUCACUUUGGGUGGCUGUGUCUAUGCUCUAGGUGGUUACAGAAAAGGGGCACCAGCAGAAGAGGCGGAGUUCUAUGACCCACUAAAAGAGAAAUGGAUUCCUAUUGCAAACAUGAUUAAAGGUGUGGGAAAUGCUACUGCCUGUGUCUUACAUGAAGUCAUCUAUGUCAUUGGAGGCCACUGUGGCUACAGAGGAAGCUGUACCUAUGACAAGGUUCAGAGCUACAAUUCAGAUAUCAAUGAAUGGAGCCUCAUCACCUCCAGUCCACACCCAGAAUAUGGAUUGUGCUCAGUUCCAUUUGAAAAUAAGCUCUAUCUAGUCGGUGGACAGACUACAAUCACGGAGUGCUAUGAUCCAGAGCAAAAUGAAUGGAGAGAAAUAGCUCCCAUGAUGGAGAGGAGGAUGGAGUGUGGCGCCGUCAUCAUGAAUGGAUGUAUUUAUGUCACUGGAGGAUACUCCUACUCGAAGGGAACGUAUCUUCAGAGCAUUGAGAAAUAUGAUCCAGAUCUUAAUAAGUGGGAAAUAGUGGGUAAUCUUCCAAGUGCCAUGCGGUCUCAUGGGUGUGUUUGUGUGUAUAAUGUCUGAUUAGAUCUGCCAGAAUUAACCAAGUAAUCACUCUUUGGAGGUGUAGUAAAAAGAAUGCAGAUUUUGGAGUCUCUUACUUGUCAUUGUGGUCUGGCACGUGAUAAGAGAUUGGUAAAUUUUAAUUCCUGAUUGUAUUCUCAAACCCAGUAUUUUAUGAUCAAGAAAAAACUUAUGUAAAUAUACAGAUGAAUCAGUAGGGUUAACCCCUAUAAUCUGUGCUUUUCAAGGUAGUAUGGAAUAUUUGACACUUGGUAAAGAACCUUUACAUUGAAUCUUUACCUCCUGGUAGCAUCAGCACUGGGUGUAGGUAGAAAUCAUUCUUUAUACUGAAAUAUGUCUUAAGAGCCUAUGAUAUCACAGGUAGUGUAUCUUAAGGUUUUUGUUUAGCUGGCAGGAAUUUGAAAUUUGAAGAGGGAAUCUUCUCUACCUCUACAAAAUCAACAGGUAAAAAAUAAUUUCCCUUUAGAAUUAUUUAGAAUGUGGACUGAUUUUAGUUUUUUUUCCUCUGUAGUGUAUAUAAUUUAUUGUUAGUAUUCUUUAUUUACUGACUGUCAGAGAUAUACAAAGUAUUGUGCAAAAGAUUAUAACUGUUCAGAGUUUACAAACUAAAAUUAAAAGAAGAGCAAGUCUGAAAAUUUGUAGAGAAAAUAGUCAAAUGUUUGCUGAUGCUGAAGGCUAUUUUUAAUGUUCAGCUUUGAUGUCAAUUGCUAGUUAAGGGGUCUGUAAGCAUGUCGGGAAAUCCUUUUUUAAGUAUAGAUACUUUUCUGCAUAUAAAGUUGAACUUUAGAACCAGAAAGCGUGUAGAUCAGUUGUGAUAUAGUAGAAAAUACAUUGAGGAGAAGAAAUUUGCAUUCAUUUUCUAGCUGUCAUUAACUAGGUUUUGUGACUUAAGAGUCCCUGACCUAUGCACACUGGCACUGAUGGUUACAGAUGUGUCUAGAAACAGAUCCCCUUAAGCCUUGAAGCUAGAGAGAAGGCCAGGGUGACUGAAGCCUCCCAGAAACACUUUUGUCCAUCUUCCCUUGUGCCUGUAGCAGGGUCCCUCCUAUACCUGCCGUAACUUGAGAUGAGCUAGGAAGCACCGCUUAAGUUAAUUCAUAAAAACUUUUAGUUAUUUGUGAGACCGUCUAUUCCAUACACUCCUUUUUUUUAAAGAGACAAUAAUUGGUUUUCACUUUUAAUACUGAAGUUUAAAACUACUUCUCAUUAAAAAAAAAAAACAGACUUUUGGACAGUCACUGUUUAGUUCAUUUCAGAUGACAUUUUACAUAGAUGCAACCCUUUGGGAA